UGCUUAACUGUGUAAACGCCUUAGAACCGGCGCCUCCUCAACAAGGGCCCGGGACCGAGCAAGCUGCCCUGAUGGUCGCCGCCGAGGAUAAAUCUCAUCACGAUUCAUCUGCCUCCGAGCCAUCCUCUCGCGAAGAAAGAAACAACGGUCGACCUCCGCCGCCUCUGCCGCCGCCGAGAUUCACGAACAACAGCGGAGUCUGACGUUGGCAGGAGCCAAUGGAACCAACGGAACCCACGGAACCACUGGACCCAAUGGUGGAGCACAGCACCCAACGCCGGCCAGGGAAGGACUCGCUUCCUCAGACUCCGGACAGCACUAAUGAGAAGAGGUUGUACGAUCAACUCAGGCACCAGUAUCGAGAUCAGACGCAACAAUAUCCGUUACUUCUACGACCUGAUCUUUUGGCAGGAGAAGGGAAUCUUCCAGCUGUCCUGCUGCAGGCGCCGCGAAGAGCGCCUAAAAGUGGAUGUUGUUUGGUUGCCUGGUGCGCAACUGUGGACUGGUGCGUGGACGAGAGUAGAAAGAAUGCUUCGGUGACUUAUUACUAGAUGCCAAGAGGAAAAUGAUAUUUUUAACCAUAUUGCAUUCAACGUUCAACGUUUUUUUCUUAAUGGAUUAUAGAUGGAUCAAUCUUGAUUUCUAAUGAAAGUGAAAUUCUUGAUGGUGAAAUGAAAUACUCAUCAAUAUUAUGGAGCAAUGAUGCAGAUAUUUCAAUGGGCAGUGUCAAUAAGUGGAAAUUGAAUAACCAAUGUAUGAUCCUUAGUCAGAAAAUAAUUUUCAAGGCUUCAACCAGAUACUCAUCAAUAUUAUGGAGCAAUGAUGCAGAUAUUUCAAUGGGCAGUGUCAGUAAGUGGAAAUUAAAUGACCAAUGGAUGAUCCUUAGUCAGAAAAUAAUUUUCAAGGCUUCAACCAGGACUGACGGAUAGAUCAAGCAGUGGUUUAGGCUACUAACGAUUUAUGAUCGAGGUAACAGAAAUUGCUCAAUAAUUUGGUGAAGGGUUGCUUUAGAAAUUUAAUAACGCUCAUGAAAAUAAUUUUAAACUUGAGAUAUAACGUCAUCAAAUUUAAUGCAUUAUGAUGAAGCAGAAAGCUAAGUCUAAUAUUUAUGUCAAUGCUUUUGUUCUUA